ACUGGCGGGCUGGGCGCGCUCGCUCCGAGUGGCGUAAUCUCCCAGCUUUUCUGCGUCUCCUUCACCCCGCCUCAGUUUGGGGCGGGUCUGGAGAAUGGCUUCGGAGAUGGAGUCGUCGUUGGAGGCAAGCUUCAUGUCCAGCGGUGCGGUGUCAGGGGCUUCAGGGUUUCUGCCUCCGGCCCGCUCCCGCAUCUUCAAGAUAAUUGUGAUCGGUGACUCCAACGUGGGCAAGACGUGCCUGACCUACCGUUUCUGCGCUGGCCGCUUUCCCGACCGCACCGAGGCCACUAUUGGGGUGGAUUUCCGAGAACGAGCGGUGGAGAUUGAUGGGGAGCGCAUCAAGAUCCAGUUAUGGGACACAGCAGGACAAGAACGAUUCAGAAAGAGCAUGGUACAGCACUACUACAGAAACGUACAUGCUGUUGUCUUUGUGUAUGACAUGACCAACAUGGCUAGUUUUCAUAGUCUACCAUCUUGGAUAGAGGAAUGCAAACAGCAUUUGUUAGCCAAUGAUAUACCACGGAUUCUCGUUGGAAAUAAAUGUGACUUGAGAAGUGCCAUUCAGGUACCCACAGACUUGGCACAAAAAUUUGCUGACACACACAGUAUGCCUUUGUUUGAAACCUCUGCUAAAAACCCCAAUGAUAAUGACCACGUGGAAGCUAUAUUUAUGACCUUGGCCCAUAAGCUUAAGAGCCACAAACCAUUAAUGCUUAGUCAACCCCCCGAUAAUGGAAUUAUCCUGAAGCCUGAACCAAAGCCUGCAAUGACGUGCUGGUGCUAAAUAACAGAAUCUGUUGUACUAUCUAAUUUUGACUAAAAAAGCACUUUUGAAGUAUGACAGUGAUAAGUCAUAAGAUUAAAUCUCAAAUAUAAUGGAUCAUCCUGACACUUUACUAUUUUUUAUUGUUGUGCUUAUUUUGUAUUUUGUACCUACUUAAUCAAGUUUGUCACUGUGACAAUACAAAGAAAAAGUUGGUUUUCAUGUGAGAUUAAAAAUGAAGUAAAGAUAGAGUGAAUCAGAACAUGUUUCCAUUGAGAGCCCAACGAAGGAGGCACCAAAUGAGAGCAUGAUGGAAUUUUGAGCAGUCACUUUUCAAUACCAUGUUCCUGGGAUUGAAAAAAAAAAUAUUAAGGGUUUGGUAUAUACCUAUUGGUAUGUCCUUUGAAUGGGAAGUGUUCUCAAUAGGGUAAAAGAAUGCUAUUCACCUCUUCCCGGAGCUCUUUCUUUGUUUUAUUAACAUAUUUAAUUACUGGUGUAUUUUAGAGCUAAGGCUUUAGUUCUAGUGGGAGUAGAAGGCAUAGAAUGUUUUCUUGUUCUCAUUCCAUAAAGAAUGAUUUCUCCAAUAGUUCUAGAUGCUUGAUAUUUCUGAUUAAAUAUCAGUCAGAUCUAUAAAAAUUAUUGUUAUUUUAAAAAGAAUAAUUUGAAUUAUUUUCUUACUAAAUUCUAUUAAAAUAUGCAAAAAUGAGUCAUAUUUUAAGACAAAUGAAAUGAUAUAAUAAGGUGCUUUAUGUUUUAUUUUGGUAACUUAAACAGUGAAAAACUAAUUGAAAGCAUUUGAGGAGUUGUAACCUGGGGGAAAAUAGGUAAACAUGGUUCCUGGCUACCACAGGAGAUCUGCUCUUAGCUUUUAGUCAUUUCAAGCUGUGUGUCUGGCAUAGUAUCUCUUGCUCUCCCCUCGCCUCCUAUGACUUUAAUGACUAAAUGCUGAUUUAACAGAUCAGCUUCUGUUUGGAAUUAUUUGGAAUUAGAGUUAUGCUCUAAGGGCAUAAUUCUAAUUGCUGUGAGUCUUCAUGUAUUUCUGUAAUGGUUUUGUGUUGUGUCAGUUUUUAAGAUGUUUUAAUUUUAUGGUCACAACAAGCUAUUCCUCCUCAGUAUGAAAAAUAAAUUCAAUAUUGAAAAAUA